AAUUAGAACGGAAAUCCUAUCCGAGAGAAUCUUUCUUAAAGAGAUAUUUCUUUGUGCUGAUUGGUCAAUUAAAUGCUAUCUUUUAUCCCACGGGAUAAUGUCUAAAUUAAAUAUAAAAAAUAUUAAAAGACGUAAUGUAUAAAAUGAGAUGUUAAAUUCGUAUACUUGUAUUAAGUAUUGAUAUUUACCUGCAAUAUAUAUCGAUCUAUAUCGAUUAUCCUAUGAAAGGGAGAGGUAUUCUCGAAUUUUCCUCUAUGAUUUUUCGAGGUUAAUACGAGGUUAGUUACAGGAAGGCGUCCACGGUGAUAAGGAUUGAGGAAUCAUCGCAGUUACACGUCGGCAAAUCCGAUUGUCCCAUGUGCAAGUCUACGAGCAGCUGCAAGCAUGAUCCUUUACUCUUUAAUGUAAGGACACCGCGUUAAAACGGCUCGUUAGUGCGAUUCUCUGCAUGGACAUCCAUCAUCCUAUCCAUAAAUAUGCUGUUGAUAGUGGCAGUAUGUAAAUUACUCUGUAUCCUUGUGCUUCUACCAAUCUUGUUGAUAAAAUGGAGAAAGUUUUACUCAAAAAAGCGAGAAGAAAGACAACAGAGAGGCACAGUCGUUGGAAUCUUUCAUCCAUAUUGCAAUGCAGGUGGAGGAGGCGAGAGAGUGCUUUGGGCUGCGAUUCAUGCUAUACAAAAUAAAUAUCCUGAUGUACAUAUAGUUAUAUAUACUGGUGAUCUUGAUGCUGAUCCCGAUAAGAUUCUCAACAAAACCGAAAAAGCAUUCAAUGUACAAUUACGUCCAAACAUUGAAUUCGUCUACCUACAUAGGCGAAAAUGGGUGGAAGCUUCCAUGUAUCCUUAUUUUACAUUGCUGGGACAAAGUCUGGGAUCUAUCUGGUUGGGUAUCGAGGCGUUGAACAAGCUUCCACCAGACGUAUAUAUCGAUACAAUGGGUUAUGCAUUUACAUAUCCUUUAUUUAAAUAUAUCGGUGGUUGCCGAGUCGGAUCGUACACACAUUAUCCUACCAUUUCGACCGAUAUGUUGAGGUACGUCUACAAAAGAAUUGUUGCGUACAACAACCGCCGAAUCAUUACCAGGAAUCCAUUUCUCUUGGGAGUGAAGAUUCUUUACUAUAAAUUAUUUGCACAUUUGUACGGACUAGUCGGUAGCUGCGCCGAAACUGUGAUGGUAAACUCGUCGUGGACCGAAGAUCAUAUCAAUUCUAUCUGGAAAUGUCCAUUAAAAACGCAUCGAGUGUAUCCUCCGUGCAACGUGGAGCAUCUGCUCAAAUUGCCGCUUCUUAGUGACGAGGAAAAAGGCGAUUGUAUACGUAUAGUAGCGCUCGCGCAAUUCAGACCGGAAAAGAAUCAUCCGCUCAUGUUAAGAGCCAUGUUUGAAUUGAGAUCAAUUCUCGAAGAGGAAGUUUGGGAAAGAGUCAAAUUAAUCUGCAUCGGUUCCUGUCGAGACGCAGAGGAUGAAGCACGCGUCAAGGAUAUGCAGGAUUUGGCUAAACACUUGGCUUUAGACGAGAAUGUCGAGUUCAAAUUAAAUAUACCGUUCUCUGAACUCGUAUUAGAACUGCAACGAGGAACAAUUGGUCUGCACACAAUGUGGAACGAACACUUUGGUAUCGGUGUUGUGGAAUGUAUGGCCGCGGGAUUGAUUAUGGUGGCUCACGCUUCUGGUGGACCGAGAGCAGACAUCAUAGAAACGCAAACGGGUAGCGUGACUGGAUUUCUAGCAGAAGACGAAGAAGAAUACGCGAAGGUAUUAGCGUACAUUAUACAUAUGCAUCAGGACGAACGAAAUGCUAUUAGAAUUGCUGCGAGAUCAUCUGUAAACCGAUUCUCAUGUCAGCUUUUCGAGAAAGAAUUUCUACGAGCGGUCGAGCCGUUUUUUCGAGCGAAACAAGAGUAAUUCCGUUGCCUUGUAAUUUUUCUAAAAAAUGGUAAAUUAUGGAUGUGUGCGUGUGACUCUUUUCAAAAUUAGAAUGCGCAUUUUCGGUACAUGUUAUAUAUUAUCCUGUGUAUGUAAUAGCAUGUAUAUAUAACAAAUAAGUGUUUCCUAUGUGACAAAUCAAUAUUUACUCGUUAAGAGAAUUUCGAGACUUUUUACUUGAUGUCCAUUAAUUUUACGAUACAUUACAUUGAACAAAUCAUGAUUUACACAAGCACAUUGUAUAACAAUAAUUGUCAACAAAGUGUAAUUUAGAUUUAAAUUCACCGUAAAAUUCUAGAAAUACCAGAGAAUAUCGAAAGUUUAUGAAAGUAUGUGAAAGUAUAUGAAAGUAAGUGUGUUAAUAUCGAUGUUGCUGAAUUUACUUCCGGUAACAGCAAGGAUCCAACUAUUUGUAUGAUUGGCGUAAAUACUUAUAUCGAAACACAUGAGCAGUGAUAAGUUAUAAAGCAUCAUUAUUUGAUCAUUGUUUAAUUA